GACAGAUUAGGAAACAGCGGCUGCUGAGGACGUCAGACUGUAGAUCUACAUGUCUGGAUCCACUGCGGGUCCUGAGGCUGAGUGAGACGAGAUGAAGCUGCUGCCGCUCGUAGUGACCGUGCUGUUAACGGUGGCGGUGGCUUAUUACAUCUACAUCCCGCUGCCCGAGGCCAUCCAGGAGCCGUGGAAGUUGAUGCUGCUGGAUGCUGCGUUCAGGACAGCCGUGCACCUGGGCACUCUGAAGCACUGGCUGGGGAUCGAGCAUUACAUCCUGUCCAUUAGGCGGUCCACAGAGGGCUUAGAGAGCUCUGACCCCGGCGCGGGCGUCAUCCCCGGCGUGAAAGUCAGCGACAUCGCUUUCUCCGGCGUCCCCGUGCGAGUCUACGAGCCUCCGGCCGGAGGGGAGGGGCACCUGAGGAGGGGGCUGAUGUUCCUCCAUGGAGGCGGCUGGGCCCUCGGCUCUGGCAAGAGAGGGGCAUAUGACACCAUCAACCGAAGAGUAUCUGAUGAGCUCAACACCGUCGUGGUGUCUGUUGAGUAUCGUCUGUUUCCAGAGGUGCACUUUCCAUUGCCGUAUUUAGACUGCCUCGUCGCUGCCAAACACUUCUUGUCUCCAGAAGUUCUGGCCAAGUAUGCAAUCGACCCCGAACGCGUCGGCGUGGCGGGAGACAGCGCGGGAGGGAACCUGGCUGCCGCUGUCGCACAGGAGAUUUCCUCAGAUGAGACCAUGAGUGUGAAAUUCAGUGCCCAGGCGUUGGUAUACCCAGUGCUCCAGGCUCUGGACUUCAACACGCCCUCCUACUUGGAGAACCAGCAGGUGCCCGCCCUGUACCGGACCGUCAUGGUGCAGUUCUGGCUGCAGUACCUCGGCGCAGACCUCUCCCUGCUGCCCCAGGUGUUGGCAAACAACCACAGCGCCUUACAGCACUCGCCCAUCACCCCAGAGCAGAGGUCGCGGAUCGACUGGAGCUCCCUCCUUCCCCAGAAAUACAGGAAGAACCACAAGCCUGUCGUCGUCGAGAAGCGAUCGGAGGGGAUUCUGAAGAUGGUCCCGGGGCUGCUGGACGUGCGGGCGGCGCCGCUGCUCGCCGGACCCGAAGUGUUGGCCAAGUGCCCGCGUACAUACAUCCUGACGGGCGAGUACGACGUGCUGAGGGAUGAGGGGCUGAUGUACGCCCGGCGCUUGCAGGAUGCGGGAGUGGCGGUCACCAGCGACCACUACGAGGACGGGUUCCACGGGAUUUUCAGCUUCAUAGCCUGGCCGGCGGACUUUGACAUAGGGAAGCGGGCGCUGAGGGGUUACCUCAACUGGCUGCAGAACAACUUAUAAAAGUGUUUGUGUGCGAGUGUGGAACGAGCGCAAGCAUGUGUGUGUCUCACCUAAGCGAAUGCACUAGCCCUCGCCUCUGUGACAACUCUCUAAAGGGCUUAGAAAUGUGUUCCUCGAUUAAAACUAUAAGCUCAGGGCCCUCGUCUGUGUGCAUAUACAGAGUUUACAGUCUACUGGCAACACUGACACUGUGACCAUCUACUAAUAAACGCAUAAAAUCACUUUCACGGCCACAAGCUUCGCACUAAUGGAUGAAUUAAUCAGUCGCACCCACACUGCAUACACAUGAGCAAUAAAUGUCACCAAGUUGUUGAAACUGA